GUGUAUAUAUAGUUUAUUGUUAAUAAUUUUCUUUUUCAUUUUACCAUUCCAAGUUCCCACCGAAAGUUCUCUUUUAACGAUCAAUUUUUUAUAUGCUCUUGUGCGCGUGUGUGUAACCAGGAUGUCACCAAUAUUACUGUUACCAAUGAUUUUUGGUACAUUCUGUCAGAUCUAUCAGCUUAUACUCUCUUCUUUCUUAUCUUUAUAUUGUUAUUUUUUUAAUAAAAAGUCUAAGAUGAAGACAAUUAUAAAAAGAACAGUUCUUACGUCAAACUUUCGAAGAGCAUAAGAUCCAUCCGAUUAUCAUAUUCAAUAACAACAGCCCAAUAUGUUUACCGAUUUAACCUAAAUUUACCAUAAUAUCAUCAUUAUGUUCUCUCUUUUAAUUUUUAUAUAAAAACCUCUAAAAAAACACCUCCAUAUGAUUAUCAUAUACAAAAACAGGCAAUAUGCCUACCAAUCUAACCGAAAUUUACCAUAAUGUCACCAUCAUGUGUUCUCUUUUUAUUUUUUAUAUAAAAGCCUAAAAAACAUAACCUCAGUCGAAUUAUCAUAUACAAUAACAGUCAAUAUGCCUACCGAUUUAACCUAAAUUUUCCAUAAUGUCAGCAUUAUGUGUUCUCUUUUUAUUUGUAAUAUAAAAACAUAAAAAUACAUAACCUCAAUCCAAUUAUCAUAUACAAUAACAGCCAAUAUGCCUACCUAUUUAACCUAAAUUUAACAUAAUGACACCAUCAUGUGUUCUCUUUUUAUUUUUUAUACAAAAACCUAAAAAAAUUACCACAAUCCAAUUAUCGAAUACAAUAACAGCCAAUAUGCCUACCUAUUUAACCUAAAUUUACCAUAAUGACACUGUAAGCCGGCCCCCGUCUUAGCGUUUAGUUAUAUUGUAAAAUAAGAACGAAAUAGGUAAACGAGGAAAAGGGACAAAGGUUGUCCUUUGAAGGGGCAACCGCCCAGAUGGGAAGGACGUGACACAUCUGGCAAAUGUAGCUUGGAAACGGUUACCCAGGAAGACAGUUAGGUAAGAACGUCGAAGUGUGAGGCAGACCCAGACGGGAACGACGUGACACAUCUGGCAAAUGUAGCUUGGAAACGGUUACCCAGGUAGACAGGUAAGAACAGGGGAUAUCGUAAAUUGGGAAUAUUUCAACCCUGUGCUGGACCGCCGUCUUUGCCGGCCCCGCCGCGGCGUGAGAACUCCCCCGACUUUUGAGUUUCCUUUCCACCCCUACACCGGGAGAGACCCGGUAUAAAAGGGAUGACUGGAAAGUCAAAAGUCAAGGUACAAGGCUCACCCCAGUCCAAGACCCAGCAGAGACUCAUCCCAGGCAGUCAAGACCAAGGACCGGGAGAGAAGCAGCCACACUCCGUCUGGGAUUCAACAAGAGGACUCAGCCAGCCAGAGCCAGCGAGGACCAGCCGUUGCGAGAAGUCAAGUCAGAGGUCGAGAGAAGAGACGUUGUGGACACUGAUCGUGGCGAGCUUCGUUUGGGAUUGGACGGGGAAGCCGUACGUGUGUACGGUCUGCUCGAAGCCGUACAAGUACAAAAAAGGACUUGCGUCCCACGUUCGGAACGAAUGUGGACAAGAGCCUCGCUACCACUGUCCUCAUUGUCCUUAUAAGUCGAAACAAAAGGGCAACCUGAAAUUCCACGUUUUCUCCAGGCACGUAAACCAGACUGAAGUCGGUGGCAAAAUUUUAAGUGGAAAACAAGAUUUUUCCAUAAUGUUUUUAAUCAUGAGGAAGGUUCUUGUUGAAUUUUCCCCCAGCCGGCGAACUAAUGAAAUUUUUGAAAGUUGGACGGGUUAUAUGGACUCACUCGACCCAUUCUUUCCAGGGAGGAUGAGAGCCGGUUUCACCUGUGUCAACUGCCUCAAGAACUACAAAUGGAAGGGUGCCCUGUACCGGCACCUCCGCUACGAAUGCGGCCAAUCUGCGCAGUUCUCCUGCAAGUUCUGCGGCUAUCAGACGAAGCAGAAGUGCAACUUGAGACGACACGUCGCCACCAGGCACAGAGACGAGAUAAACGCUUUCAUCCAGCUGAGAAAAGGAAGCCUCAUGAGCGAUUCGUCGAAGGGAAGAAUUCCUGCGAGUGCGGCAAGGUCUACCUGCACAAACGGUCCCUCUGGAGGCACAAGAGGUACGAGUGCGGCCAAAGCUGGGAGAAAGUUCGGACACGCCUGCGACUGCGGUAAGACGUACAGGCACAAGAGGUCACUCAACAGGCACAAGAAGUUCGAAUGCGGACCGGAAAGACAGUUCAGUUGCAAUUUCUGCGGACACCUGGCCAAAAGGAAGGAGAGCAUUACAGUCCACAUGUUCAACUGCAAACAAAGACGGAUAACUGGAACCAACGAAUUGGCAGCCAGUCUUUCUAUUUUAAUGAAUGCAGUUUUCGUUUCAGAUUCCGCUGGGCGAUAUUUGUGCAACACGUGCGGAAAGAGCUAUAAGUACAAAGCGGGACUGUACCAGCACAGGAAGUACCAGUGCGGCGAUAGGGCUCACAAGUGCAACCGCUGCGGUCGGACUUACAUCUACAAGAUGAGCCUGGUACGCCAUCUGCGCUACGAAUGCCAGAAGGAACCUAUGUUCAAAUGUAAAGCUUUCCAGUGCUCAGACUGCGGCAGGUCUUACAGAUACAAGAUCAGCUUGAACAGGCACAAGACGUACGAGUGCAGAAAAGAGCCCAUGUUCUGCUGCUCCAGCUGCCCUUACAAGGCGAAGCACAAGUCUUCGUUGAAGAAGCACGUCCUCAACAUCCACUACUACCACCACGCCCUCCCCGAUAUGUUUGUCCAUUUUUUUUCUGCCAUCAUUGACUGCAUUAAAUGGUACAUGAACGUCACACGAACAAGGACGGAACAGACUUGGAUUUCACCAUUUUUGGUUUUCUUAUUAAUUACAUUGGAAAUGGUUCAGAAAUUAAUCGAAACCAAUUUUUCUCCAGCAGGUAACUUUGUCUGCAACAUCUGUAACAGGUCGUACAAGUACAAGAUUACACUGAGAAGGCACCAGCGGUACGAGUGUGGGGUGGAACCGCAAUUCCCUUGUCCUCAUUGUCCUUACAAAUCGAAGCAAAAGGCCGGCCUGAAAUCCCACGUGGUUUCCAAGCACAGGACUUUACUCGUACAGAAGGAUUUGUAAAUAAAAUACCAUCAGUCGCUUCGAGACGAAGGCUGCAAGUACGCGUGCGAUCGCUGUUCGAAAGCUUACAGCCACAAGAGGAACCUGUGGAGGCACAUGAAGUACGAAUGUGGGAAAGAGCCGCGGUACAAUUGCCCAGUCUGCUCCUACAAAUGUAACUUCCCGUCUUCCCUCAAAGUCCACACAAUGUCCAAGCACGGCACUUUACUUUUAUAAACUUUACAAAAUAUACUUAACAGUACGGCUA